AUGCUUGCUUCAUUAUCCUUAUUUGGUUUAUUAUCAGCUAUUGCUGUUAAUAUUGGGUUUUUGUAUGUGAUAUUCAAAUGUUAUCAGUGGAUGAUGAAGGAAUCAGCAAAAUCAUUCAGUCUUAAUACUCAUCCCAAAUAUCAGGCACGAUUUUCAUAUUUGUCUCAAACACAAAUCUCUUCUACUGCAGUGAAAAAAAUCGCUCAAGGAGCUGAUAACACCAAUCUUUGA